GCGCGCGGUCACGUGACGGCGGGCGUCCCCGGGAGCCUGCAGGAUGGAGGAGGAGGAGGAGGCGCGCGCGCUGCUGCCCGGCGGGUCUCCCGCCGCCCCCGCGCCGCUGCCCGCGCUCUGCGAUCCCCGCCGGCUGGCGCACCGGCUGCUGGUGCUGUUGCUCAUGUGCUUCCUGGGCUUCGGCAGCUACUUUUGCUAUGACAACCCGGCAGCCCUUCAGAUCCAGGUGAAGCAGGACAUGCAGGUGAGCACCACCCAGUUCAUGCUGCUCUACGCCUGGUACUCUUGGCCCAACGUCGUCCUGUGUUUCCUUGGCGGCUUUUUGAUAGACCGCGUCUUCGGAAUACGGUGGGGCACCAUUAUCUUCAGCUGUUUUGUGUGCGUGGGGCAGGUUAUCUUUGCCUUGGGUGGAAUAUUUAACGCGUUUUGGUUGAUGGAAUUUGGAAGGUUUGUGUUUGGGGUCGGUGGCGAGUCCCUGGCGGUGGCGCAGAACACAUACGCCGUGAGCUGGUUCAAAGGCAAAGAGUUGAACCUGGUGUUCGGGCUCCAGCUCAGCAUGGCCAGAGUCGGCAGCACCGUCAACAUGAACCUCAUGGGGUGGCUGUACUCGCGGAUGGAGGCCGCGCUGGGCUCCGCCGGCCACAGCACCCUCGGGGCCACGCUGCUGCUCGGGGGCGUCACCUGUGUCCUGUCGCUCGCCUGCGCCCUGGUGCUGGCUUACCUGGACCGGAGAGCGGAGAGGCUCCUCCACAGAGAGCAAGGCCGGACAGGCGAGGUCAUCCGGCUGACGGACGUGAAGGACUUCUCCCUGCCGCUCUGGCUCAUCUUCCUGGUGUGCGUCUGCUACUACGUGGCCAUCUUCCCGUUCAUCGGCCUGGGCAAAGUUUUCUUCAUAGAGAAGUUCGGCUUCUCCUCGCAGGCCGCCAGUGCCAUUAACAGCAUCGUGUACGUCAUCUCGGCGCCCAUGUCGCCCGUGUUCGGCCUCCUGGUGGACAAGACCGGGAGGAACAUCGUGUGGGUCCUGUGUGCCGUCGCCGCCACGCUCGCCGCACACGUGAUGCUGGCCCUGACGCUGUGGAACCCCUGGAUUGCCAUGAGCCUCCUGGGCGUCUCCUACUCCCUGCUGGCCUGCGCCUUGUGGCCGAUGGUGGCGUUCGUGGUGCCCGAGCACCAGCUGGGGACGGCCUAUGGCUUCAUGCAGUCCAUCCAGAACCUCGGCCUGGCCGUCAUCUCCAUCCUGGCGGGCGUGUUGCUGGACACGCGCGGGUACCUGUUCCUGGAGCUCUUCUUCAUCGCCUGCGUCUCAGUGUCGCUGCUCGCCGUGGUCUUGCUCUACGUGGUGAACCGAGCCCGAGGUGGGAAUCUAAAUUAUUCUGCAAAACGAAGGGAAGAAAUGAAACUUUCACAUACUGAGUGAGGGCUGGCACCUGGUCCCGGGCCGCAAGCGCUGGAACGUGACAUCCCGUCCGGAGGGGGGCAUCUCGUCGAGAGACCGAGUCUGCGGCGCUCCUGUGCCCACCGCGCCUGUCUGAGCGUGUUCUCGCGUGCAGAGACCGUGGGCACGGCCGGCCGGGCCGAGGGCAGGCGCCCCUGGGCAGCAGAGCGCACUGCAGGCCGGGGAAGCUUCCGGAAGGUUCAUCACUCAGGGACAGGCACUACUGAGCCGCCGGCGGGAGCUGGCUCUGGCAGGACGCGGUUCUGAGUGACCCAUGUCCUGUGCCGCUCGUGUUUCCCUUGGGCCUCACGGUACAGAAGUGGCCUCGAAAUACUCACUUUUCUAUGUGGAUCAAUAAAACCGCUGCAGGGGUCGGCGCUUUGGACUAACGAA